GAGUUUUACUCCCUGGAUUUUGAUGAGCAGUACCUUGAGGAGGAGAAGGUGCUGGAACACGUGGGACUGCAUCCCCACGGGCCUCCCCUUGCCCCGGCUGCUGUGCUCUCCACAGUGGAGUACCCAGAGGAGCGGCUGGGCCCUGCAGAGCGCGUGGAGCCCUUCACCAUUGUGGCACCGGGAGGUGCUGCUGUGGAAGACAAUCCGGCCAAGGCCCCGGAUGCGAAGGGCAGCUCUGCCGAGGGCCAGCCAAAGAUGGAUCUCCACAGGCCGAGCAGAAAGUUCCUCCGCAACAAGAUGCAAAAGUACGCUGGAAAGUGCCUCAAUCCCCACAGAAUUCCUCAGGCUGAAACGGUACCGGUGGAUCGUGCCUGCCCGCGGUGAGGUGGAACUGAAGGUCCGCUUCUCCACCAUAAAGCCAGGGAAGUUUGAGCAGACGCUGAGGUUUGAGCUCGUGCAGACAAAGCGCCAGUACGAGCUGCCCUGCAGUGGCACCAGCCUGUACCCCAGCAUCAGCCAGAACCCACGGGUGGUGUUUCCACAGUGGAGGAAAACCAUGGAGAAAGAUGAAGUUGUCGUCAAGGAAUAUGUUGAGAGCACAAAGCAAUUCCAUUUUGGGCCGCUGCUGUGUGGGAAAUCAAGAGAGUGGUACGAGGCCCAGAACUGUCCCGGCAACUCGGAGAAUUUAACCAUCCUGAACAACUCCCCCGUGGACGUAGAGGUCCAGUUCUCCUUUGAGAAUGCUGGGGGAGCAGGGACGUUCCUUUUGGACCCUGCCAGCAUGGCACUGAAACCAAAGGAGAAGCAGGAGCUGACCAUUUGGGCAUACCCCACUUCCCCUGGCUUCCUGGAAGACAAACUCAUCUGCAGCAUUGGGAAGAACCCCAACCCAGUGGUCUUCAGCCUGUGCUGCCAUGGGGUGCACAUGAAGCUGGAGGUCAGCCCCCUGGAGCUGUCCUUUGACAAGCUGCUUCUGCACAGGACCGACAGCAGGACCUUGGUCCUGAGAAACUACACCCUGCUGCCCAUGGCCUGGCAGCUCAGUGGGCUGGAUGACCUUGUUGAGGACUUCUCCUUGUCACAAGAUAACGGCACCAUUGCUCCCCGCUCUGAGUUUGAAGUGACGGUGCAUUUCAAGGCCAGGCAGAUUGGCAGCAUGAAGAAGACCCUCCGACUAGAGGUUUCAGAUCCAGAAAACAUCGUGGGGGUUGUUCAGGCUGAAAACAUCAAAAUCUCUGCAGAGGUCUAUGACGUUUCUCUGAGCAUCGACAUGCCCAAAGGUCCAGAUGGAAGCUUGGAAUUUGGAACCAUUCAUGUCCUGGAUAACGUGAAGAAAGUCCUGACUCUAAAGAACAAAGGGCUAUACAACAUUGAGUACAGUUUCAUACUGAAGGGUGCAGGUCCCAGGAUGCAAAAUGUGGCAUCCCACUUCACUGUUGAGCCUCAGUCGGGCCUGCUGACUGCCUCCCAGCGUGGUGUGAAUGUUGAGCUGCUCUUCCACCCCAAAAGUGAAAUCCUCCUCAAGAACAAGCCCAUCCUCUACUGCCAGGUGAUAGAUGCCAGCUCGGGUGGAGGAGGCCAGGCUGUCGCCAACAUCCCAGUGAGGGUGUCAGCAAAAGCUGAGUACAGCAAGUACAGCAUUGAGCCUGCCUCGCCCAUCGACUUCGGAGCCAUGAUCAAGGGCACCAAGGAGACCCAGACUGUCGUGCUGGAGAACAAAGGCAUGCUCGGCUUCAAAUUCCGCAUCCGCCGAGCACCCAAGGAGGCAUCCGCAUUGGAAAGCAAAAGCUCUGUGAAAAUCAAACCCCAAACCCUGACCUUCACCAUCAGCGGGAAGGGGCACGAGCCGCAGCUGACAGUCGUGCGCCCGAGCGCUCGCAGCAAGAGGGGAAACGCCGUGCUGCGCUUCAAGCGGCUCCAGCUGGGGGAUUCAGAGACGCUGCCCCUGGUCAUCCGUAACGAUGGCAUCAUACCUGCCAAGUUUAUGUUACUCCUGGAGGAUGAGCAUGCAGCAUUCUUCUUGAAAGGCAGGGCCUCCGCACUCCGGAUAUUCCACGCUGGAGAUGCGGAAGAGGGCUCUGUUGGAAACGAGAGCAAGCCCCCAAAGAAGCCUUUCUUCCUUCUGCCUUGUGGGCAAUCAGCAGAGUUUGGUGUCAUUUUCAAACCCACCCUGGCUCAACAUCUGGAAGGGAAGAUCCGUGUGUUAGUGGGGGACACCUGGUCUGUCAAGACCCUCACAGAGCUGGUGGGUGAAGGCCACAAGGACGAAUUCACCCUCAUUGGACUAGAGGAAGACACACAGGAGAGAAAUGCCAAGAUCAGUCUGAAGGAAGACGUCAUUGAUGCUGUCAGAGUGAAUCACAUCAAUUUUGGGGACUGUGCUCUCGGGAAGCCCUGCCACAGGACCUUCAGCAUCAGCAACCACAGCCAGACGAAGGUCAUGCACUUUGAGUGGGAGGCAGGCGCCCCAUUCCAGUUCUCCCCCAAGGUGGGACACCUCCAUCCUGGCUGUGCCAAGGACAUCACAGUGUCCUUGAAAUCAGAUGUCCCAGCCACCUUCAGGAGGCACCUUGUGAAAUGUAAGGUGACCAAGGUCAACUUUGAGCUGCCACAAAGGAAGGUUCCCGACUGGGAUGACCAAAUGCGCGUUGUCCCACGGAAGGAUACCACCAGGAAAGACCUGGCAGCCAAGUGGCCUGAAACAGAGAAGGCGGUCGAGACAGUCCCAGAAGCAGCUCACGCUGUGGUGGAGGAGAGCAGCCAGGAGGCCGAGGUGUACCUCAGUGCUGUUGUUGCCUACGCCCAGUUUGAGCUGAACACGGACAUGGUUCUGUUCAAGGAUACCUUGCCCUUCCAGACAAGGACAGCCACUUUCACGAUGCACAACACAGGCGAGGUAGCUCUGAAAUACUUCUGGGAGAAAGCUGCAGAGAGUGAACCAGCCAAGAAGCCAUACUCAACCACUCUGAUGCGUCGGUUCCUCUCCUAUGAUACUGUAAAGCAUCGCAGAAAGCUGCUGUGUCUUUUCCGGUGGGAGCAGGACCAUCCUUCUGAGACGCGUCCUGAAGUGGAGCAGCUGCAGCAGCCUGCCAAGCAGCAGAAGGAUUCCGAGCAGCUGGAGGAGCAGGAUUCCCAGCAGCAGCAGGAGCAGCUCGAGCAGCAGCAGGAGCAGGAUUCUGAGCAGGAGCAGGAGUCCGAGCAGCAGGAUCAUGUCAGCCCCUCCCUGGAAGUCUUUCCAGAUGUUGUCCAUGAGGUCUUCUCCAUCAGCCCCUACCAUGGCAUCAUCGCUCCUGGCCAGAAGCAGACCUUUCACGUGCGGUUCUGCCCGCAGUGCACGGGGAUGUUUAAGACCACCAUGCUGUGCAGGAUUCCUAACCUGAAGCCAGAUCAGAAGAUGGCACGGGUGAUGGUGAAAGGCAGAGCCUGGGAGCAGGAGAGUCUGGGUGAACCAUUAGCAGACAGAGUAAGGCCAGGGACCCGAGAAGGAGGUGCUCUGGAGAGCAGCACCUGA